CAGAGACAGCUAGCCCAGCCGCAAGAAGCUUCCUUUUCUUCUUCUCCUCCUCGUCGUGCUCGUCGUCGUCGACGACGCCGUGCGAGACUACGAUGAUGCUGCUGCUGCGGGCGCCGGCGCCGUUCGCGUACGCGAAGGUGGAGAAGGUGGACGCCGAGGAGGCGCGGCACCUGCAGGCGCAGUACCUGAUCCACAAGGUGCUGGAGGACUCGUGCUGCCGCGCGCCGUCGGCGGCGAGGGGGAGGAGGAGGCCGGCGGCGGCGGCGUUCUUGGCGAGGAGAGGUGGUGCCAAGGCGAGGCAGAUCGGCGUCCGGCUGAGGCGGCUCAGGCUCGCCGCCCGGAGCGUCCGGCUGCGCCUCUGCCGGGGGCUGCGGAGGCACCUCCGGAGCCUGAGGCGGCUGAUCGUGCGCGGGUCCAUGGCGCAGCAGCUCGGCUCUCCUUGAUUCGCUUUCGUCUUCCUCCUGACCACGUCGUUUUCUCGGCUCAUGUUCUUGAGCUCUCGUCUCAUGCAUGUUUGGAGCGACAGCAAGCAACUUGUUCUUGCUGCUGCUUGUGUGGCUCGAAGAGAUGGCUCUAAUGGCGUCCGUUCUGUGCUGAAAGAUCGGAUCUUUUUCUUCGAAAGGUUGAAAGAUCGGAUCUUGUACUGUGUGUUUAGGUUGUUUUUAGCAUGCAAAAAUGUAAUAUAAGCAUGUCCCUGUUGUGGCAUCUGUGCCUCCUGUUUAACUCGAUCUGUACACUAAUCCACACUGAAUCUUUGGCCCUGUUCUGCUGAAAGAUCGGUUUUUUCUUGUUGGUAUGAUCCAUGUUGAUGUAUUACACAGUGUUUGAUGAAACAAGACAAUGCUUCUUGUUCUUGAUCAGGCUGUU